AUGAUUGAGCUACCCGAAACCAGGAUCGCAACGGCACACGUCAACCUCAUGACGGACACGGUCAUUGCCAAUUUGCCGCCCGAAGCGUUGCGUUCCGUCAUGCGAUCCAUCCUCACCACGGAUCCCGGAUUCACCGGUGCUCUCGAGUGUCACACCCGACGAUACCUGCUGAAGACUUCUCCCUCAUUCUCCAUCGGAGAGCUCUUCACCGGCGACGCGUCCAGCGGGCUUGAAACGACCGUGCAGUUCACCACGACCCAGCAACGCAUCCGGGUCAUGUUGGGAAGUGGGCUCUGCUUUGAAGGUUUGGGACUUCUAGGUGAUAUCAUUGACAAGUGUCGUGCGCUUCGCCUCGGGGAGCAUCCACCAGAGGAGAGGCUCCUGCAAUCCCUCGUGUCGGUGGAUGGGGAUAUCGUGCAAGCACUCACGGCCGUCGAAAAGAAACUAACCCUGCCUUCAGGGAGACGAGACUUGGCCGAGGAUGAAUCAAGGUCGUUGACCCGCCUCGUGCGGUCACUCCUCGAGUGUCGCAAGGGAUGGAGGAGCCAAGGACAAAACGAGUUCGUCUUUGAGCGUAGUCUGGGAGCGGUCGCCGAUAUCACGUCGACAAACCUCGAUCUCGAAGACGGUGGUGAUCAUUCUUCCUCUCUCCCUCGCGGACAAGGUCACGUACCUGCUGUGCCCGCUGUGAAUAUACCUCCGCCACCAGAGACUUUUGACCUACAAGGAACGUCCUUACCGAGACUCUUUUGCGGGCUUUGGCAAUUGUCGAGCCCAUCGUGGGGCAUCGCGUCCAAGGAACAAAUCUCCCGACAGUUCUCGCGCUACUUGAGUAAAGGGUUUGUAGCAUACGACAUGGCAGAUCACUAUGGAGACGCAGAGGUUCUUUUCGGAUCGUUUCGAGCCUCGACAGUACAGGCCGAUGCGAUAUUCGGGGCCACAAAGCUCUGCAUCUUUCAACCUACCACUAUCACAGAGACACUCUUACGGGACAAUGUUACCGAGCGAUGUCGUCGAAUGAGUUCAAGCACAAUCGACCUCUUACAGUUUCAUUGGCAAUUUUACGAUGAUCCUCAGUACAUCAAAGCGCUACGUAUUCUACAGGCGGAUGACCGUAUUCGCUUUCUCGGUCUCUGCAACUUUGACACCCUCAGACUCGAAGAGAUACUUGGCGCUGGAAUCAAGAUUGCAACGAACCAAGUUCAGUUUUCAUUGGUCGAUUCACGUCCAACGAUCAAGAUGGGACGAGUAUGUCAAGAGAACAACGUCAAAUUAUUAACAUACGGGACACUGUGCGGCGGUUUCCUAGCGGACAAAUGGCUAGGACAACCUGAACCUGAAUUAUUCUCUGAUAGAAUGACGCCCAGUCAGAGGAAGUACUUUGAGAUGAUUGUGGCUUGGGGCGGAUGGUCUCUCUUCCAACAAUUGCUCACCGUUUUGAAGGCCAUGGCAGACAAAUACCAGGUGGGCAUAUCGAACGUGGCGACGAGGUGGGUCCUGGAUUUUCCGUACGUGGGUGCCGUCAUCGUUGGAACGAGGAUGGGAGUCAGUGAGCAUUCGGACCAAAAUCUCGACACUUAUGGAUGGCACUUGGAUGAAGAAGAUCAAAAGUCGAUCGAGACAAUCCUGAGUAAGAGUCGGAGAAAAGAAAUAUUCAAUGUCAUAGAUGAUUGUGGUGGGGAGUAUCGUUGAUUCUUAAGGGCCCUUUGAAAGCAAGCGUGGCCAUUGACGAGAUUUUUGGGUGAAUAUUCUGUCUAGACAGUCCGUAUUCCGGACAAUAGGGGUAAAUCGAUCAAGUUC